CGACCCUGAAGUGAAUUGAUGAUCAUUACCAGAUAUGUCUGUAACAAUGGACAGGGAAAUGGACACAAAGACUACUAAAGAUAGAAGCAGUGCUAGUGGAGAGGGUCUAGGUGGGGCCUCUGUGAGUGGAUCGAGAUAUGAGAAUGAGAAAUCUAUUAAUGGCAAUCAGUUUGAUGUUGUGAACUGGCUGUAUUGGAAUCUGUGGUGGCAACAGUACUCAUUUUGGAACAGCGUACAUCACCAAUCAUUCAAUCAACAUUUGAAUGGGGCUCCUGGUACCGGAACUGGACAGCAACCACCAUCAAUGGCUCCCCCUCCGUUGAAUAUGAACAUUGGAAUGAACCCAUUUGUUAGGCCUCAGAUUACACCUGGAAUACGCACUAGAGUUAUUUCAGGCUAUGAGAGCUGUAUUGCUCCCCUGUGGAGGCGUGGCGUAGCUGAGCUGAUAGACACUCUGUUGGUGGGACUGUUGCUCCGAUUCUACCUGCCUGAUGUGGACUACAGAGUACCCGAGUUGAUUUUCGAGGGUCCGGACAUGUGGGACGACAUGACUCUUGAGGAUCUGACUGAUGCUAGGGACACUCUCUUACUGUUCCUGUACUCGACUCUAUUACACAGAGCUAUCCACAUCUCAUUAGAGGCACUGCUUCUGUGUGUCGUCAAGUGUACCCCUGGAAAGUGGCUGAUGGGACUAAGGGUGUGGCGAUGUGCCACUCCCCCCUCCCUCACUCGGACCUUCCCCGGUUAUUCUAUCAAGGUAGAGCCUGCUGGAAACAUCUCAUUCCCAUUGUGUAUGGGACGCUCUCUCUUCAAGAGUACAGUGAGUCUGGUGAUUCCGUUGGUCAUUUUCUUCUUCCAAUUGGACAAGGGUCGCACUCAGUAUGACCGACUGUUUCGUUGUGUGGUGGUGGACACUUACUCCCUCAACAAGCCCCUCUACACGACUGUGGUCACCAUGAACAAUAGUAGAUAGGUAGAUUAUCUGAACAUUCAGUUUUUGUAGUUUUGCAUGAUUCAUAAAAAAUAAAGGCACUGCACAUUGCAAAAUUCAAAUACAUAAAUGAUAAUGAUGUUAUAAUUAUAUAAUUAUUGCAUAUAAUUAUA